AUGGCGGAAAACACCGACACUUUGCAUGGAAGACAUGAAAUGUCUUCGGAUGUAAACCUUACACCAGAAGACAUUCCAUGUUCAUCCGUGAAAAAUGGAGAGGACAUAAGUAAAUGGACAAUUCCACAGUUGAAAUUUUGGUUGAAAUGCAGAAGACUGAACCAACAGGGACUGAAGAAAGAUCUUGUCGAAAAGUAAGUUUCGCAGCACCUGUAUUGCAUAAACACUGUUAUCUAACCUUCUACGCUAGUCAAAAGAAUUUCGUUUUGGCUAAAAUCUUUUCUUUUCUGCUUUUAAUUUGAGAUUUCUUUCUUUUCUGGGGCAGGGUUAAGGCAUUAAACGCGAUUCCUUACUACAGAGAGAAAGUUUACGACCCUGAUUCUUAG